GAACAGCGAAGCGCCGGCGGGUCGCAGCUGGAUCGCAGGCGCCUGGGAGCUGGGAGCUUGAGAGGCCGCUGAAGCCCAGGCCAGGCAGAGGAAGGAAGCGAACCGCUCCGGAGGUGAAGCUGAGAGGGGAGUGUGGCAGUAAAACCAGACGACAGAUGGACAGUGUGACAAGAACGUCAGAGAGGAUCGGGCCUCGCCGCGAGAGUCAGCCUGGAGUCGAGGUGUUGACAGGCCGCUGAGAAGGACACCAGGGCGGACUGCGGCAUGCCGAGGGAGUAGAGCCUUGUCUUCAGUCACACCAUUGAUGGAGGACAGAUGGACAGCCGGACGGCCAGUCACCUCUCUUAAGCCUUUGGAUAGUGGUCCUUCGUCCUCGGCUGGCCACCCCUUAGGGGUUUUAGCCCAUUCUGUGAACUCGCUUUCCCUCAAAACGUAAACUCAAGACUGCGGUGUACAAGCUGACUCCUCUGUUGCCCGGUGACAGAGCUGCAGACAUGAGCGCCGAAGGGUACCAGUACCGAGCGCUGUACGACUACAAGAAGGAGAGGGAGGAGGACAUCGACCUGCACUUGGGGGACAUACUGACCGUGAAUAAAGGCUCCUUAGUGGCUCUUGGAUUCAGUGAUGGCCAGGAAGCGCGGCCUGAAGACAUCGGCUGGUUAAAUGGCUACAAUGAAACCACCGGGGAAAGGGGAGACUUUCCGGGAACUUACGUUGAAUAUAUUGGAAGGAAAAGGAUUUCACCACCCACUCCCAAGCCCCGCCCCCCUAGGCCUCUUCCGGUCGCCCCAGGUUCUUCAAAAACUGAAGCAGACACUGAGCAACCAGCUUUCACCUUGCCCGAUCUGGCUGAGCAGUUUGCCCCUCCUGAUGUCGCCCCUCCUCUCCUUGUCAGGCUCCUCGAAGCCAUUGAAAAGAAAGGACUGGAAUGUCCGACUCUCUACAGAACACAGAGCUCCAGCAGCCCUGCAGAAUUACGACAGCUUCUUGAUUGUGAUGCCGCCUCAGUGGACUUGGAAAUGAUUGACGUACAGGUUUUAGCAGAUGCUUUCAAACGCUAUCUCUUGGACUUACCAAAUCCUGUCAUUCCAGUAGCUGUUUACAACGAAAUGAUGUCGUUAGCCCAAGAAGUACAAAGCCCUGAAGACUACAUCCAGCUGUUGAAGAAGCUCAUUAGGUCGCCUAAUAUACCUCAUCAAUAUUGGCUUACGCUUCAGUAUCUGCUUAAGCAUUUCUUCAAGCUCUCUCAAGCCUCCAGCAAAAAUCUUUUGAACACAAGAGUCCUCUCUGAGAUUUUCAGCCCUGUGCUUUUUAGAUUCCCAGCAUCCAGCUCUGAUAAUACUGAACACCUCAUAAAAGUGAUAGAGAUUUUAAUCUCAACUGAAUGGAAUGAACGACAGCCAGCACCAGCACUGCCCCCGAAGCCACCCAAGCCCACUACGGUAGCCAACAACGGCAUGAACAGCAUGUCCCUACAGGAUGCUGAGUGGUACUGGGGAGACAUCUCAAGGGAAGAAGUGAAUGAAAAGCUCCGUGAUACAGCGGAUGGGACCUUCUUGGUACGAGACGCGUCUACUAAGAUGCACGGCGAUUAUACUCUUACACUAAGGAAAGGAGGAAAUAACAAAUUAAUCAAAAUCUUUCACCGAGAUGGAAAAUAUGGCUUCUCUGAUCCAUUAACCUUCAACUCUGUGGUUGAACUAAUAACCCACUACCGGAAUGAGUCUCUCGCUCAGUAUAACCCCAAGCUGGAUGUGAAGUUACUCUACCCGGUGUCCAAAUACCAGCAGGAUCAAGUUGUCAAAGAAGAUAAUAUUGAAGCUGUAGGGAAAAAAUUACACGAAUAUAAUACUCAAUUUCAAGAAAAAAGUCGGGAAUAUGAUAGACUAUAUGAGGAAUACACCCGUACGUCCCAGGAAAUUCAAAUGAAAAGAACAGCUAUUGAAGCCUUUAACGAAACCAUAAAAAUAUUUGAGGAACAAUGCCAAACCCAGGAGCGGUACAGCAAAGAAUACAUAGAAAAGUUUAAACGUGAAGGCAACGAGAAAGAAAUUCAAAGGAUUAUGCAUAAUUAUGACAAGCUGAAGUCGCGCAUCAGUGAGAUCAUUGACAGUAGGAGGAGGCUGGAGGAAGACCUGAAGAAGCAGGCAGCUGAGUAUCGUGAGAUUGACAAGCGCAUGAACAGCAUUAAGCCAGACCUCAUUCAGCUGAGAAAGACAAGAGACCAAUACUUGAUGUGGCUAACACAGAAAGGUGUUCGGCAGAAGAAGCUGAACGAGUGGCUGGGCAGCGAGAACAAUGAAGACCAAUACUCACUGGUAGAAGACGACGAGGACCUGCCCCACCACGAUGAGAAGACUUGGAAUGUCGGAAGCAGCAACCGCAACAAAGCCGAGAAUCUAUUACGAGGGAAGCGAGAUGGCACUUUUCUAGUCCGGGAGAGCAGUAAGCAGGGCUGCUACGCCUGCUCUGUAGUGGUAGACGGCGAAGUCAAGCAUUGCGUCAUCAACAAGACUGCCACCGGCUACGGCUUUGCUGAGCCCUACAACCUGUACAGCUCCCUGAAGGAGCUGGUGCUACAUUAUCAACACACGUCCCUCGUGCAGCACAAUGACUCCCUCAAUGUCACACUAGCAUACCCGGUAUAUGCACAACAGAGGCGAUGAAGCGCGCUGCCCUCGGAUCCAGUUCCUCACCUUCAAGCCACCCAAGGCCUCUGGGAAGCAAAGGGCUUCUCUCUCCAGCCCGACCUGUGAACUGAGCUGCAGAAACGAAGCCGGCUGUCUGCACAUGGGACUAGAGCUUUCUUGGACAAAAAGAAGUCGGGGAAGACCCAGCAGCCUAGGGCUGUUGGAUGAUUAGACAUUUCUAACCGUAUUCUUUUUCUUUUCUUUUUUUAAUUUAAAGCCACAACACACAGAGAAAAAGAAAUGCAAAAAAAAUCUCUCCGUGCAGGGACAAAGAGGCCUUUAACCAUGGUGCUUGUUAAUGCUUUCUGAAGCUUUACCAGCUACAAGUUGGAACUUUGGAGACCAGAAGGUAGACAGGGCUGAAGAGCCUGCGCCUGAGACCACUUGGUCCAGCCUGGUUUAGCCUGGGUGUCGCUGGGUGUGGUGAACCCAGACACGUUGCACUGUGGGUUAUUUCCUUUGUAAUGAAUGAACGAUGUGGAGCAGAGAGGCGCAUCUGCUCCCACGGGAGAGAACACCGAUGCGGUAUGUUCGGCGGAAAAACAGAAACACCAGAAAAUGUCUUGCUUAAAACUUGUCAAACCAACAACAGAAAAAUGAGUGCGGACAAGGGGACUUGAAAAUGACAUUCAGUAUAUAAAAUAUGUAUAUAAUAUUGGGUGACUAACUAUCAAAUAGAUGGAUUUGUACCAAUACCAAAUAGCUUCUGUUUUGUUUCGCCGGAGGCUAAGCGUGCAGCGCUAUGCAAUUCUUCAUUUUUGCUAUGUUGCUACCAGUUUCAAAUACACCUUCAGAAUAAGCUUCCUUCAUCCCGAUUUUUGUUGCUUGAAGAUAUUGUUUCUCGUUUUUGUUAAUAUUUGUUUUGUUAUUCUUACUUUUUUUUUUUUAAAAAAAAAGAAAUGUACAGGAUGCCAGAAAGGAAAAUGGCUUAAGAAUUAAAACUAUGAAAUAUUUUACAGUUUCUCUUGUACAGAGUACUUGGCUGUUAGCCCAAGGUUAAAAAGUUCAUAACAGAUUUUUUUUUUUGACUAAAUGUUGGGCAGGGCCUGAUAAGCUUCAAAGCUGCUUUAUUCAAUAAAAAAAGAAAAAGAAAAUGAUAUAUGAUAUGACAAAGUAUUGCUGAGUCCAACAGUGUUGUUUUAAGACUCUUGAAAUACGGUACCUGGCAAUGUUUCUUUCCUAGUGAAUUGUGAACUUCUCGAAUCUGAAGGGGAAGGUAGCCGUGGGUUGUAACGGGGGUGGGGGUGGGGGUAAGGUGGUGCGCACUUUCUCGGGAUUCCAGAGAAGGGGAGAACCAUUGAAGAAGGGAGGCCGCUUGUCUCCGUCUUUCCCCAUCUGAAUGUGGUAGGCGUUACCCAUCACCAGCAACCCCAGACCUACUGUAGCUCCAUGCAGUGCAGUUGGCCAGCAUCUCCGUUCUCAUGAAGGAAGUGCUGAGUUUGUUUUGGGGUUCCUGGAACGUGCUCGCUUUGUUGUUGUUGUUGUUGUUGUUGUUGAACACACUGGUUUUCAAGGUUGAAUCCCUGCAUUUAGAAAAAUGUGUUCUUUCUCUUUUUAAUAUUGGACUAGUCACAGCAGCCAGCCACCCUUCCUUUCAGCAAAAGCAUGGUCUGGAAAGCAAUCCUUUUCGUGGGACGUUUGUUAUUUUCCUGGCUCUCCGUUCACUCUAGAACGGAAAGCAAGUGGACCCGAGUAGCUGGUCGCUGUGCUUUGUGAGAAUUGUUAAAAGAGAUACAAAUGGCAGUUUCUUCUCACUCACAUCUUUGUGCAUGCUGUACUUCACGGUGAGGAAAGGGAGCAGGUGGUGGCAUCUUUAGGACAAGACUUCGAGUUUCCCUACCCUGAUGUACGUGUGCGAAGCCGGCGUGUUUGUCGGGAAUUGUCACGUGCUGUGAAGAGAGGAGGCUAACCAAAGUCACGGUCACAGCCCUGGUAGACUCAAGGGACAUCUCUUCGGUUUCACGUUCCCUUUCUAUAUCAGAUGCACCCACGACUUUCUCUUCCCUUUCUAGACUGAGGUGAAGAGUUUUUGUGUCCUUUGGAAUUUGCAGCCUAGUGGCUGGGUUAAUGGUCUAUAGAAUGUAAUGUUUUUCUUGCUCUGAAGUCACUGCCCACCCUCUCAAGCAGAAGUCAGGCAGCCAGACUGUGAGCCUGCAAACUUGACUCUAAGCUGACUGCGUCCUUAUUGCCAGACAAUUGAUGAUUUCCCUGGGUUUACUCUGGGCUUUGCAACCUCCAGUGGCUGCAUUCUGCCAUGCCACAUACGACUGAACAGUCAUUUAUUUGUAAGCUAGUUUUGCAGGUGGACUUUGCUUUCUUUUCUUUUCUUUUCUUUUCUUUUCUUUUCUUUUCUUUUCUUUUCUUUUCUUUCCUUUCCUUUCCUUUCCUUUCCUUUCCUUUCCUUUCCUUUCCUUUUCUUUCUUUCAAUAGCACAUCAUGUAUACUAUCAAAUACAAAUAACCUUCAUUUUAAUUUUAAAAUGGAUCUGAGAUUGGCCAUUUCAUUACAAAUUCUGUUACCGUUUUUGUACUUCAAUGCUCUUUGCAUGAUGACUUUCAAAACCAUCUCAUCUCAUAAACUUGGGUACAAUAGAUUUUCCAUUCGUCAGAAGGCAGAUGUCAUUUGUCCCCUACAAGAGGGAGCUCUGCCACACCUGUCCUGCUGAAGGCCUUUUUGAUGACAGGUUAGUAUGCCCACCAACUCUGUCCUUAGAGAAGUUUGAUCAUUACGUUUCCGUGAUUCCAUCAGGGCAGGCAUCCAGAAGCGUUCAUUGAGCGGCUCAUGGGUGUAGAUGGAUACAGCACUCCUGAUCUGUAAGUGUCCCGACAUAGUUUUUCUCACCAACUGUCACGUCCUAAAGACAGCCAGACACUAAGCUGCCAACAGGCUGAGCUAGACUGUCGAAGUGGGAGGGCUGGGACCUCAUGUCCCACACCAGAGUGGUCAUAACCACAUGAAAAGGCAGCAAGCGUAUGUUUGCAACAUUUGGCAACUUCACGGCCCUGGAUAUAUGUAUAUAUGUAUAUGUGCAUGGACUGUGUUUCCAGUACACCUUCAGCCACGCAGAUCCACAGUCGAGUUCAAGUCCAUACCAAGCAGAUGUCUAGUGCAGUGCUUGUAGAUGUGUAUGGGUCUUUUUUCCCUUUGGUGUUGCUUUGUGUUGUCUUAUAAAGGUGAAAAUUGUUGGCAAAUGAAGUGAGAAGUUCAUCAUUUGACUUUUUUUUCUCUCUCGCUGGUUUUAGAAGCUAUGCCCUUUCAGGGAGCGGGUCUGGAUGGCUUGCUUUCCUGCCGCACCCUCGUUUUCAGUGUUGCCAAGUCAGUGUGUGUGUCUGUGCGCUGUCCUUGUGAGAAACCAAUCGCUUUGUCAUAGAUCUGGUCUUGAACUAGUAACUUGUUUGGGAAGUCCUGCUGAUGUUCCUUAUUGGGAGACAGUUCCUGCUGGUUUUCCCAACUGUGCUUUUUGCAAUGCAUGAUACCUAAGUCAGUUGGAAAGCGGGCUUUGCUGUCUGUUUGAAUUUAGGGUCAUUUAAGAAAGGGGCAGUUAAAAAAGCACAAUGCCUCACAUGGGACAAAGUUCCAAAAUGCCAAAUUCUCCUAUUUUUUAAGAAAAUCUAAAUCUAUAGUUCUAUAAAAUAACUGGGGGUAGGGAGGAAGUGGCUCCACUGGUCAGACUCUCCAGCUUCACACUGAACUUGUCACCAUGAGAUAGCAUUGGCUGCCCAGGAUGCUGCUAUUUAAAGAAAACAAAACAAAACAACAAAAAAAAUACCCCUCAUUUAUAUGUGUGUAUUUUUUAAAGCUACACUCUGUUCAAUGUUUUUACAGAUCUGUUUAUAUGACAUUGAUAAAAUAAAGUUGGUCUUUUGACGAGAGGGAGGAUGUGAUUUUGACGAGAGGGAGUUGUAAUUUUGCCUUUACAAGGCAACCAGGUGGGGGGGGGGAGGGAGUGUGCCUCCUUGACAUUCUGUUCAAGCUAUAGAUUCAGUGAAGCUAUGUAUCGUUUUAAGUUGCUUAAUGCAUUGUAUUAGGUCCUCAAACAGAAUAAAGGUUGUUUUGAAACUUAA